AUGUUCUCUAAAAUUGUAGCUCUCUGCGCCCUGGUGACAGUCUCGUCAGCUGGCCUACUGCCAGCCGCCGUUCACUAUUCUCCAGCUGCAGCCGUCUCUUCCCAGAGCAUUGUCCGUCAUGACCAGCAACAAGCCAAGCUGGCUAUUGCCGCCCCUGUGGCUUACCAGGCUGCCCCAGUCUACCAUGCCGCUCCCGUCUACCACGCUGCUCCAGCUCCAGUUGCCUACCACGCUGCCCCUGCCCCAGUUGCCUACCACGCUGCCCCAGUGCACUACGCCGCUCCCGUUGCUAAAGUACUCGCUCACGAAGAAAUCGUAAGUUAUUCACAUUCAUACCAUUUUGCUCACCCUAAAUACGAGUACUCUUACUCCGUGUCCGACCCUCACACCGGUGAUGACAAGCAGCAACAAGAGGUCCGCGACGGUGAUGUCGUAAAGGGCUCCUACUCCUUCCACGAAGCCGAUGGCUCCAUCAGAACCGUAGAGUACUCCGCUGAUGACCACAGCGGCUUCAACGCGGUCGUGCACAACACCGCCCCUACCGCCGCCCCAGCCCUAGUCAAGGCCGCACCUGUCCUCCUCAAAGCUCCCGUCUACGCUGCACCCGCUCACCAAGCCUACCCGAAAUAUGAAUUCGAGUAUGCUGUAUCAGACGAGAAGACAGGUGAUCACAAACAUCAUCAUGAACAGCGCGAUGGUCACAGAGUGCGCGGUGAAUACAGUCUUGUUGAAGCAGAUGGGUCUUUGAGAGAAGUUCACUACGAUGCUGAUGAUUUUAAUGGCAAUCCAGUCACGGAAGCAGAGCAAUCUUCUGAAGAACCUGAAGAUGUUGAGGAAACAGAGAAAGAUAUCAACAAUCCUUUAGCACAGACUGAAUCUGUUAAAUCUAUUGAACUUCCAAUUGUCAAAAUGGAAGCACUCGAAAGUCCCAUCAAAAUGGUUGAAACAAACACCGAUGUCGUAAUGCCUGAUAUUGUCCAGAUUCCUGAAUUAGAAAAGCCUUUAGAUGCUGAACACAAUCUAAAAACAGAAUCUAAAGAACCAGAAGGUCAUGACUCCGAUGCUGCGUCAAACUGGCGCCCCUCCACGACACCUCUUAUGUUUUGUUUGUUAUAUAAAAAGAGUGCAAAUCACAGCAAUAGCAGUCUACAAUCAUUUGUGCAUUUGUGUCUAACAAUGUUUGCUAAAAUCACAAUCUUGUGCAGUGUGGUGGUGGCUGCGAGUGCUGGUCUUUUGCACCAUGCCCCGGCUGUCUCAUCCCAGAACAUCAUACGCCACGACAAUGUGCACGAGACCCCAGUGCACUACGAGGCUCCCGUACACGCUGUACCCGCAUACCAUUCAGCUCCAUCAGUCCACGCUACCGCAGUCGUCCAUGCCGCCCCAGUAGUUCACGCUGCUCCCAUUGCCCACGCUGCCCCAGCCUAUCAUGCUGCACCUGUACAUGCUCAUGUUGAAGACCACUAUGUCGACGAAUACGCCCAUCCAAAAUACGGAUACUCCUACUCAGUGGAAGACCCCCACACCGGUGACCACAAGUCCCAGCACGAGACUCGUGAUGGUGAUGUUGUGAAGGGAGAGUACUCCCUAUUGCAGCCUGAUGGUUCCUUCCGUAAGGUCACUUACACCGCUGACCAUCAUAAUGGAUUCAACGCCGUAGUACACAACUCGCCACCAGUCAUCCAUCAUCAUUAGGAGCUUCUCAACUGUGAUAUUAGAUUAGUACUUUAGAUAUUCGAAGCUAGACUAUUCUUAGUACUUGUGAUACUCAUUAUAUUUCUUAUGAGGCUCAAAUUCAAAGGUAGAUUUUAAUUGCUUGAUUUUUUAAUAGACUUUAGUUAGAUUUGAAAAUGGGCCUUAUUUUAUUUCUUCUACUUCUC